AUGACGGAGCUGAACCUGCAGGACCAGCAUCCCGCCCCGCCCAUUGUCUGCGUUGGGGCCCCGCUCCCUGCGCCCGCGGGCGACGCCGGCUUUGUGGCGCGAGCGGGUUCCACCACGGGCAGCGCGGCGGCGGGGACCGGCCGAGGCGUCCGUCGUCCCCGGCAUUCUGCCCAGCAGCGGGCGCCUCUCCUGGCCUGCCCCGCGCGGUCGGGGUUCCCCGCGCGCACUAACAGCCGGCUGGACGCUUUCCUGCGGAAGCAUCUGCCGCCCGAGGUCUACGACGCCGUUCGUGCCUACGAGUCAUGCAUCGUGGAGUCCGACACGGAGAGGCACUCCUUGAAGUAAGUGGUACUGAGCGACCAGCUCAUCUACCUAACCGAGAACCCUCCCAAGUCCAUCCGGCGAGUCGCGGCGCUGCAGGACAUUGUGGCCAUCGACCUGAUUGAUGAUUACCCAGAAUUUUUGAAUCCAUUAGACAUAGAAAUCAACCAACACAUUCGUAUCAUCUAUUCUUCAAAUGUUUUAAAAGAGUGUGAAAAAGCCAGAGGAGUCAGGAAAUUCGUAUUUCCAGCUCAUCAUGCCAAUUCUAACAACAAAAAAGUCAAAGAAGAGAUUAAUGGCCCUGUCUUUUGGAAAGGCAAAGAGCCCAGAAGUCUGAAGAAAUCCUCUCUUUGGUACCACCAAGAGAGCACCAUCCUGUCCAAGAACUCACCCUUCUGUCCUCCUUCAGACCUCGAGAAGCUGUCUGUCUGUGACCAAAGGGCCUUUCGACCUCUACCUACACCCUCCAAGAGUAGCUGUCAGUCCACAUCAGCCUCAGGCAAGGCUGUCAGCUUGCCAUUUUGCACGACAAACACAGAAGGACCCCAGGGACUACUAGAUCACGCUCUAAGUGAAAUCCCUUUCAAGUGCAAUGGCAACAGAAAUGAGUUUUACUUAGGAAAUUCCUCCCUGGCCUCCCCUUCACAGUGCAACCCUAACCUGGAGAAAAAAGAUUCAGAACUUCAUUUGUACAUUAUUUCCACAACUUCAUCUAUAUUUCUGUACUUAAAAAGCUCAUGGAACAAUUAUAUUAUAUUAACUACUCUUUUACAAGAUCCCCUAUAUGUUAGUGAGCUCAGUCCUGCUACUGGAAGUCAAAAGCCAUACAGAUCUGAGGAGAAAAUAAAGCACUUCAGUCAACUUAAAUCUGAACUUUUUCUUAAAGACAAUACUUUGAGGAGGAUACUUUGUUUAAUUACAGAACUUAAAGUAGCAGCCCAGAAAAACUUCAUUCUGAAAAGGCUUUUCUGGAAAAGCAGUGACCUUUUCUAUUUCCUAGUGAACAAACUUCAUGAGUACUUGCCAGAGUCAAGAAAAAAGAAUGCACUUCAAAAUAAAAGUGAAAGGGCUGGUGAGCUAUUGGCAUGCAUUGAAAUUAUACAGACUCUAGGAUUGAUGUUCAGGGAAACAGAAACUGAGUCAUCGCGCCUGAACACACUGGCAACUAAAAAGGGAACACUAUUUAAUCUCUUGGUAAUUUUAAUUAGUGAGCCUCAGAUCCCAAAAUCCUGUCCUGUGUUUGAUAUCCAGUUGGUGGCUGAUUCAACUUUAGCUGAGAAGUCUUUUGAUGCUGAGUUACAGAAGCUUAUCCUGGAAUAUACAGAUAUAGCUAUAGCACUUUUAUAUGAUGAGAUUCUUCUUGUCUUUCAGCAGGGAAAUCUUGGGCUGGGAACAACAAAGCUUGCUAUUAGCUGGAUGAUGUCCUUUCUACAAAGUUGUCCUCCCAUAAUUACUUUUGUGGCCACUAUUGUGAAACAAAUGGUGAAGGGGCUUUCAGCUUCAUUUCGGCUGCUAAGUCCCAGCCAAGCAGUUCUAUUGUACCAGCAGUUUUAUAUCCUGAAGAGCUGCCUACAGUACAGCAAGACCUUAGCUGAGCAUAUUAGGAAUGACUACAGAGAAGAAUUCAGGUACUUUAUUCACAUGCCAGCCUUGGAAAAGAAGCUCCCAUUGUGUUACCCUAUUACCCAGCCUACCACUCAACUUUUUCAUGAAGUUCUGAAAUUGGUUGAACAGAAACAAUAUGUGAAACAUUAAUGAGAGUAUACAGUGUUAAUCAGGAGUCAACUUAAUACUUAUGAAAAACACUUUUUGAUUUAUUUAAUAUCUGGCUAUUGCUGUGCGCUAUAGAAUAUUUUAUUUGAAUGUUCUGUUUAUACCUAAGAAAAGUCUUUAAAGUUUUUUUUUGCCACAAAAAAGGAACUGUUUAAAUUCACUGAUAUAUAUAAAGUGAUGCAAAAAAUUAGUGUUUCUCUAAAAAAACGGUUCUAAAGACAUAAAAAUCUAUGCAGGAAACAACUAGAGAGCCAAUGUAGAAAGUGCAACCUGAUGAGUUUUGUUGGUAUAACAACAGUGGAUGGUGUGAAGCCAGUGAAAUAUCCAGAGAUAAAUUAUUGGGUGUACAAAUUACAGAGUGAUCAUUAGAGAAAUGCUCAGCAAUAGGAGAACACCCUCCUUCCCCACCUGUAAAAAUUCUAGUGACAUAAGUAUUCAUGGGAGAAUGAGCAAUACACUAAUUUAAUCAAUGAAAACCUAACUUUGGUUUUACAUUGAGCAACUGAGUUUAGGCUUCUAAGAACUUAGAAACUAGUCCCUUCAUUCAACUUCCCAUGACUUGAGGGGGAAUCAGAGAAAAAUCCACCUCCAAAAACAUUACAUAGCAUCUCUAAGCUUCCUUCAAAACAAAGAUAGAUAACCUAUUCCAUAGGAUGUUAGGAGAUUUAAAUGAAAAGGUAUUGGUAAAGCACAGCAUGGUAUAUGGAUUUUUUUUUUCCUUUUUUGUAGUCAUCCAUCAAGGACUGCAAGUCUUCUCUCUAAUCUCGGGGCAUAGAGAGGAGCUAAGUGGUGCUUAUGAAUGUUCUGGGCCUUUAGGUGAGGGAUUAUUCCCAAGAGCUGGUCAGUCAGAAGAAUAUGAAAAGAUUCUUGGGACAGAGGCAAG